GGCCGGCCGGGCGGGCCCGGCGCUCCCGCGGAGCCGCCGCUCGCAGGAGCCGCUGUGGCCGCGGCUUUCUCCUCAUGGAGCCUGCCCGGAGCGGUGAGCGAUGGCUGCGCCCAUCGCAGCGCCCCGGAGCUUGCGGACCAGCCCUUUUCAAACCCGGGGCGCCGGAGCAGCCCUGGAAAUGCGCACGAUUGUGAAAUCCUUUCCAGUUUGCCACUGCAGAUGUCCCUCUAUUUCAAUGUUUAUUUCUUCCCAUUUUGGUGGCUCAUCACAGUUGCCAUCCUCUACCUGAAGUAUCCAGUCUUAUCAGAUUAUUACAAGUUCAUCCUGGUCACCAUCAUGAUCCUGGUCUCUCUGACAGAGCUCAUUCGACUCUACCUGGGAUAUGUGGGCAAUCUCCUGGAGAAAGUGCCUGAGCUGGCUGGGUUUUGGCUCCUGACCCUCCUCCCGCAGUUGCCUAUAAUCCUCUUCUUGCUAUUUAAUGAAGGUCUGAAAAUCCACUCUCUGGAGCGAGCUGUCCACAUCAUCUUUGCCGCCUUCCUCUCCUUCCAAGUGGUCGCGGCCUUUUUCGCCCUGAAAAGGAUGGUGAACACUCUGGCCACUCGCUUCCGCCUGACCGAGUUCCACCGCCUGGAGGAGCAGCACCCCGGGCCUGGCCUUUCCAGCCUGGCCACAGGCAGUGGCUCCCGGGGCUGGUAGGGCUCCAGUGCUGCCCAAAAUCAUGCCCCAGGGGCCUCAGGAGGUACCACAGCCCGAGGUUGCCACGGUUCUGUUUCCAUUUUGUUGGGUCAUUCUUUGCCUUCUUGCCUCACAGGUAUUAAAAAAUUAGAUCUUGCUCAAGAGCCAACAUUAAACCUCCAAGGCCGGAACUCCUUUCUGCAAGGAAAAUCAAAGCCAAGUGCAUAACUGACUUGAGUGGACUGUUUGUGGUCUGAGUCGAUUUGGAGAGUUUUACAUGCUGUAAAGUUGUGGCAAUUUAAAAAAAAAAAAGAAGCCUUUUUUCUCAUUGUUUGCACAAAAUCCUUUUGUUUACAAUAAAUCUUUUCUACGCUUUUUUGCA